AUGGCGCAGUGCUUCCCUCCUGAGUGUGAAAAUUUCUGUCCCUAUGGUCGUGUAAGAGACAGUAACGGUUGUCAGACGUGUAAAUGCAAACCUCCAAGAUGUCCCCCAGUUUGUCCAAUCAAAUGUCCAAAUGGCAACAUCCUUGACAAGAAUGGCUGUCCGAUCUGCCAGUGCAAGCCCAUUCGACCACUUCGUCCGAAGCACUAAAAGAAGAUUUCACAAUUUAGCUACAACUAAAAAUGUUGGUUCAUGAGACCUGGUAUCUUGCGAGCCAUGCAGUUUAGUUUAGAUGAUUUCACUUAAUGGAUACAGAUCUAAAACUAAUAUUGACAUUGUG